AUGGAUAACAUUGACUGCCCCAGAGAAACGUUAUCAGGUGAAGGAACAUCACCUAGAGUAAAUGGAAUAGCAGUACAGGCAAGGCAUUUUAGUCCAGGCCUUCCUCCAGAACCAUAAAUGCAGAUGGUUAAGACCGAAAAAAGGAGUUUGGAGGCGCUGGAUGCAGAAAAUCUGCCUAUUCACAAUGCAGGAGAGCAUUCUAGUCCUCCUCCUCCUAAAAGAUUUUUAGAAGUUGCCAAGAAACCCUUGAAAACACGUGAAGAAAAAACCCUCUGUGGGUCUUAGCAUGACUACAUGCAGGAGGCAGGCACAAAGUUAGUGGAUGGACAACAACAACAACAUUUGGCAAUGAAGUUGAAUUUCCUCAAGACAAUGUGGGGUAUCUUCCUACAAUCAACGCUCCUGCAACAAACAUGUAAACCGUCCAUGAAGUUUUGAUGUGCUCUGUUAAGAUCAAGGAUGCACUUCAACUGAAGAAUGUAGUAGUUGUGCUUGAUCAAGCUCUCUAUGCUGAGGCAGGAAACACCCUGAUAUUGUACUUAAAAUGGGAGUGUUUCAUACAAUCUGCACUCUGUUAUCUAUCCUGGGAAAGCACUUCCAAGAUGCUGGCCUGAGGGACAUUUGUAUUGAGUCUGAAGAGAUUGUGGAGGGAUCAGUUUCUGGGGCUCUUGAUGGACACAGGUACAACCCCACCAUUUGAUUCCAUAAGCAAAUGCAUGAAGCCCUCCAGCAAGUGCCUAAUUGGCAUGCAUGCUUUCACUGGUUGUGACACUGUAAGUGCAUUCGCUGGAAGGGGAAAGAUAACAGCCCUACAACUUGUCAAGCUACAGAAAUCCUAUGAAGAAAUGUUUAAGCAGCUAGGGAUGGAAUGGGUUCUUUCGAAUGAGCUAUUUCAGAGCCUCCAACAAUUUACAUGUAAGCUCUACUGCUCU